CAACCAACCCCCCGAGCCUCGGCUCAACCCCAGCUUUCCACCCCAACCAACAUCCGACGCGACGAUCGCUUUAGCCGUGGGUGCCGCCAUGAACCCACAUAUCCCUCUCCCUCCCCUGUCCUUCCUACUAUCCACAAUCUAAACACCUUACCCAAACUUCUUCCUUCCCAAUCAAAAGCAAAAGAAGAAAGAAAAAAAACAUAUCGAAAAUAUGGAAAACACCACCCUCUUCGACGUCAGCGGCAAAGUCGUCCUCGUAACCGGCGGCGCCAAAGGCAUCGGCCGCAUGAUCAGCGAGGGCUUUGUGCGCAACGGCGCCACCGUUUUCGUCUCCUCGCGCGACGCCAAAGCAUGCGAGGCGGCGUGCAAGGAGAUGAAUGCGCUGGGAAAAGGAAAGGCAGAUUUUAUAGCUGCGGAUUUGUACAAGGAAGAUGCGGCUGCGUAUAUUGCUGCGGAGUUGGGCAAGAGGACUACAAAACUCGAUGUCCUCGUCAACAACAGCGGCAGCAACUGGGGCGAGUCCUACGAUAAAUACCCCGCGGCGGCAUGGGACCGCGUGCUGAACCUCAACCUCAAGCGCGUCUUCCAACUCACACAGGCCGUUACACCCCUGCUGGAAGCAGCAGCAACACCUACUUCGCCAGCCCGUAUCAUCAACAUUGGCAGCGUAGACGGCCUGCGUGUCCCCGCGCUCGAGACAUUUGCGUAUUCGGCGUCUAAAGCCGGAUUGCACCAUAUGAGCCGGGUGCUUGCGAGCCAUCUAGGGAAGCGGGGGAUUACGAGCAAUACGAUUGCGUGUGGGCCGUUUCAGAGUAAGAUGAUGAAGGCGACGCUGGAGAAGUAUCAGGAUGUGAUUACAGGGGGCAUUCCGCUGGGCAGGAUCGGGACGCCUGAGGAUGUGGCGGGGACGUGUAUUUGGUUGGCGAGUCGAGCCGGGUCGUAUGUCAAUGGUGCGACGAUUGCGUUGGACGGUGGUAGUGUUGUUGGUGCUAAGUUGUAGAGUUUGGAAUGUUGGGAUGUAUGUAACAAAAGCCUACGUAAUGUCGAGUACCUGUACACAUACAAACAAAAAUAGAGAAGUAAUCAUACACUCAAGAAUCCAUGAGUAU